UGUUAAUUUGAUUUAUUUUUACUUUCAAUUAAUUUUUAACAUUUUUCUUUUUUUUUUGCCUUUGUUUUUAAGUAUGCAUGGUUUUAUUUAGUUUGUUGGUGGUAAAAUGUCUACUUCAGAGACUGGUGUGGGAUGUAUUAGCGAAGUUACUCUUGCUAUUAGUAAAGCAAGGACUUCUCAAACAGGAUCCAUAAGGGUACUCGACAGUCCUGAUUCUGAUGGAUCUGGCCAUUCUAAUUCGUUUUCCAUACAACGAUUUAAUUAUCCUAACGAGAAUACAAAUUCUAAUAUUCUUCCACCCCCCUUGACAAACGAUGACCUAAGAAUACCUAUCGUUGGUUAUGAAGUUAUGGAAGAGAGAGCUAGAUUUACAGUAUACAAACUUCGUAUUGAAUUGAAGAAUGGUGAUUGUUGGUUUGUCUUCAGAAGAUACACUGACUUUGUACGCUUAUUUGCUCAAUUAAGAAGACAAAAGCUUCCUAUUUCUCAUUUGUCUUUGCCGCAAAAAAAAUGGCUCGGUGACAAUUUUGCACCUAGUUUUUUAGAAGAAAGGAUACGCGGUUUGCAAGCAUUUGUCAACGGUAUAUUAAGUAAUCCAAUUCUCAUAGGUAGCGCUUGCGUUAGACAAUUUUUUUGUUUAGACGAACCACCCGCUUUGUCAGACACUGCAGAAGAAUCUAGGGCUAUUUUUGAAGCAAUGGAAGAUACAAUUUAUCAUUUAAGACAACAACUUAGAGAACGAGAUAAUGCUCUAGCAGCAGAAUCUGCGCUUUGCAAUGAAUUACAAAAGAAUUUACAUCAGAUGUUGAGCGAAAGACAGAUUUGUUCUAAAUGUGGCACGACUCAAUAAAAUCUUUGAUAGAUUAGAUGAAUUUCAUUAUAUAUUUAUUUGAAUAUUUUUAGAAAAGGAGAUUUCUAAGUAAAAGAUAUUAUACAGCUUAAGGAUGUCCCAAGGUUAAGCAGCCAAACUGUGAACUGUGAGUGGAAAUAAGAAAACAAUAUUUUUUAAAGUUCAGCUAGUAAUAAAUCAAUUACAAAGUUAUAAACAAAUGAAAUUAAAAUAGAUAACAGAAGAUUUCCUAAAAGAGCAGUAUUAUAUCGCUCUGUAUUUAUUAAUAUCCAUUUUCAAUAAUGCAAUUUGGAUUUAUUUUGACCUAGGAGCAAAUACAAUGUUUAUCUACGAUAGCAAACGAUACUUUUAAUUACAACAACAACAACAACAUAACAACAUUUUUGAUAAUAUUCCUAUAAAAAGAUAAAGAGAUGAAAUUCCUAUUUCAUUACAAAACACUAUUUGAAGAACAUUGCGAUCCAAUGAAAGAUUUGUUUAUCAUUACUCAACAAUGCACGUAUUAUUAUUUCUAAUCAAUUAAUGGAAACGAGUUUAAUUUUGUAAUUGGUAUACAAAUUCAGUACAAAGAGACAAUUUUUUUUCAUCGAAAAUAUUAUUGAGGAACUUUUACAAGAUAUGAUAUAUUUUCAAUUUUUCAGAUUAGUCAUAUACGGGCCCACAAUAAUCCAUAUUCUAUUUCACCAAAAAAUUUCCAAUACGAAUUUCGGUGUAAAGUUUGGGUGGAUAUCUUUAGUGAUAUGCUCCUUGGUCCAUUAUAAAUAUGCUGUAACUUAUUAUAAUUUACUUUGUUUAUAAUUUCAAUUAAACGAAUUGCAGUUUGGCUAGUAAAUCCCAGGAUACCUUGUAUACAUGCGUAUAAAUCUUUUUGUAUUAUAUUUAAAAAUGAAAUUAUUUUAUGAGAUCAAAAUGAUUAGCUAAUGCAUUUAAAUACUCAUAUUUAUUGAUAUUACAAAAAGAAAAAAUAAUGAGCAUUGUAAUAAUGAUAAAUAAUUGUACUUAUUGAAAUUAAUAAUUUUUCUUAGAUUCUUGAAUCAUUUUAAAUAGAUAGGUAACACUUGUCUACAAAUAUUGGUCAUAAUCUAAGAAAUCAGUCUUCUUCAUCUGGAGCAACAACCAAACUUAAUGCUUGGAUCAGUAUACCACACA